AAGUCCUUCUGUGCUUAGUUCAGACUUCGGUCCAACCCUCGCCAAGGACGGACGGAGCUGUCAUGGCGGCUGUGGGCUCGGUACUGAGGUGUGGCCUGCGCGGGGCCAUGGCUCUCCCACAGCAGCAGCGGGCUUGGAGCUCCAACGGAGGCCCCGAUCAGUACGGGUCUGGUAAAAGCGGAGCGAUCCGUGAGGCUGGCGGCACCUUUGGCAAAAAGGAAGCGGCUGACGAGGAGCGCUAUUUCAGGAAAUUGCAGCAGGAGCAGUUGUCACAGUUGAAAAAACACCAUGAAGAGGAAAUAAAUCACCAUCAGAAAGAAAUUGAGCGGCUGCAGAAGGAAAUUCAACGUCAUAAGUCCAAGAUUAAAAAGUUUAGUGAUGAUGAUUAAGUCGCAGAAUCCUUACUGAUGUCUGGCAUUACUCUGGAAAUGAUGCUGUCAUAAAGAUUUGUUUCUCCUAACAGUGGAAAAUAAACAGUUCACUCUCUUU